AUGCGGAUGCGCAAGACCUUUACCGGCUGCUGGACGUGUCGUGCACGGCGUCUCAAGUGCAACGAAGGGCGGCCAUAUUGCCUACAAUGCCGGACCAAGGGCCUACGCUGUGAGGGCUACGCGACUCGAUUGCAGUGGCUGCCGCCCAUGCGCUCGGCCCUCACUCUUCAGCAGCAUGAGGAGCCGCUUGCGCACGAAAAGAGGCAGCAGCACCGACGUCGUCUGCUCCUCGCACACGAUUUGACCCUUCUGAGCGAGCUCGAGCUCGAGACGGCCUUGUCUGACAUAGACAGAGCAGGUCUCCAGUUGCAAUCAGCAACAUCAGGCCCUUUCUCCGUCUUUGCCGUAACCACAACCGUCCACGAUGCCGCGGUGCCGUCUGCGGUGACUCCAGCCCUAUCGUCUGACACGAUGACGCCGGACUCUGCUACUAAGUGUUUCGACACCCUGGCUAGCCCCAGUGACGAUUCCCCCGAAGCCCAGUGGCAGAGGGACAGCCUCUCUGCCAUCUCUGUCCGCUCCCAGCCCGCCGGUGACGAGCAUGGCAACCCCAAGACUCAAUCGUCACCUUCGACUCCCUAUCUCGUUCACGUAUCAAAUGCUACGGACAAUCCCUUGGGAGUUCCGGUCAUCGCCGCUGGACACAUGGUGGAACAGCCUGUAGCUUCAGAGACAGUGGUCGACCCGCCAUCGCUUUCCUCGAGUCGAGACGCAGAGGCACCACAACAAUCGACUCACCCGCGACCUCAGCCAUAUGUGGUCCGUCUCCCUCCUGCUGCAGCCUCCGAUACACGAAGUGGGUUUCUGACGCCAAAUGUCCGCAUUCUGUUGCAAAAUUAUGCGAAUAAUGUCGUUCCAAUCUUGGGCACGCUCGAUACUAGCCAUAAUCCGUGGAAAGAAGUUCACCUCCCGCAAGCUAUGUUGUGUAGCAUCGAGCUUGACAUCCUUGGCCACUCGACGAGAUCCAAGCGCGCUCUUUUGCAUACCAUCUUGGCUGUCAGCGCAUAUAACAUAAACAACAUCCAGUCUCGUACUGCCGAAGAUACUGACAGUCGUAAAUGGAGCUAUUUAGCCUCUGACUACAAGUGUCAAGCUUUGAGCCUGCUCGAAGCAUGCGUGGGAGCUUCGCAGGGUACACUCGACUUCCCUGUCUACAACGAGAUUCUUGCAGCGAUGCUGUCUAUGGUGACAAUUGAUUUGAGAAAGGCCAAGGGCGACAUUCCAGAGCCGAGCAAAGGUCUUCACACUAUAUUUUUGUACAUUCGAACAAUGCAGGAGGCUACCGAACUCUUCUGCGAAAAUUUCAAUAGUGUCGUGACCCCGACUACGGAUGAAUCGACCAUUACCGGGUGCCAUUUGGAAGAUUUGACGGCGCUCAUCACCACGUACGAGGCAGCGGAACAAUUCGGCUGGUGGUCCUGUGCAAUCGUAUACGGUAUCCCGAAUAGUCUACUGUUGCUUAUUCGCAAGGCCAACAUGUUGAUACGGUCCAAACGAAAAUACCAGUCGGAUGGCGCUCUCCACGGCGCAGAUUCUCAGCCUGGACAUGCCGAGUUCGAAGACUUUGAAGAGAAGAUCCUUGGCUGGCCAGUGGAGGAUACUAUUGCUCACUUUGAGGACGCCCCUGUCUCGCCUGAGAAGCGCUUGAUAAUGCAGCUCUACACUCGCGCAUUCCACAAAGCCCUAAUCAUCUUCUACUGCCGGAAAUGUCUUCAUAUGAAUCAAAGACACCUCCAACCGUAUGUGCACCAGGUCAUCGAGUAUCUCGAGCAGAUUGCACAAGUCAAGAAGGAACAUGGGCUCCGCGCAGGAUCCAUGAUCUGGCCUGCCUUCGUUGCGGGGUCCCAAGCUCUAAGCCACGACAUUCAGACUCGAUUUCUAGGCUGGUUUGAUCUGGUUGCCAAGACGGGUGAAAGCAAGUAG